AUGGCAAAGGGCAUUCAAACCGUACAUCCCCUUUGCAGUUUAGCCUUUAAAAGACACAGGGUGAAAUCCAUUGGCUCCAGUAGAAGUGGUCCAGUCUUUGUUUGUUCGGGCUGCUGCGUUUUUGAUGACUGCCCAGUAGAGGUAGACAUAGUAGUCCCAGAGGAGUCAUCAUUGAAAGCCCUGGUCACGUUCAGGGGCAGUUUUGUUUGCCACCGAUGGGAUCAGGUGAAAAGACGGCCGGUGCGAGGCAAUGAGAGAGAUGCCCUGUCCCAGAUCCUUGCCACCAAAAUGCCCAGGAGUGUCUUCCUUGACAGUAUUGAAAAGGUAGAUGACAUUGUAAUGUCAUCAGGGUGCAGGGACCAGGUCCCUGCAACUGGUGUCAUGAAAACAUUGUCAUGGAGUGAGAAAAAGAAAAGGAGAAGACAUAAAAAUGAAUUCCUCAGCCUACUUAGGAUGCUCAAAGAAGAGGAGGAUGACCCUGAAAAUAGAGUGCUACAGAAAAUCAGCCUACAUCCAAAAGGUGUAAUGCUCUUUUCUUCCAAAACACUCAAUGUCGUCUUUGAAAGACGCAAAGAGGACAUUGUUUAUAUUGACGCAACGGGCAGCAUUGUGGUUAAGGGCAAAGGCCAGACAGCACCCUUUUAUGUAUAUGAGGUGGUUGUUCGCCACCCAUCAAAGGGAUCUUCCCCUCUCCCUGUAGCCACAUUUGUGACAAGUGACCACACCACAACUUCUAUAUCAUAUUUCUUAGGGUCAGUGGUCACUGGACUAAUGAAACAGCAUGGCCCAAAAGCCAAAACCAGACCGGUCAUGUUCAUCUGUGAUGGUUCAGUGGUCCUUCUACAAUCACUCACAAUCAAUUUCUGUGGAGUAAGUCUGCAGGAACUCCUCACCAGAUACUACAUGAUUGUGAGUGGUCAGGCAAAAGAGGAUGCCAUCAGCCUUCCAAUCAUCCAUAGAUGCCUAAGUCAUGUCAUGAAAAAUGCCAAAGAACUUUGCAAAAAACAUGCCACCAAACAUUACAAGUUGGCUAUGCAUGUUUUUGGAUGUAUGACCCAAGCAUCAACCCUGAGGGAACUGGAUGAACUUGUCCUCAGUACCAAUGUGGUAUUCUCCAGUUCCCACAGUGGAGACAAUGUCAGCAAGCAUUUUGAAAACAUCCAAAUGCUGCUCACAAAGAAUAGACCAUGUCCUGAGGACUCUUCACUUACAAGCCAGGGCUAUGAGAACGACGUGGGGCCAACACCCUUUCAACAACACUUCGAGGAAGUGAUUGGGAGGGAAAAUCUGGACCAAGAGGGUGAUGAAAACACGUACUUCAGUCCAACGUUCAUCCCUACCUUGAUGCGAUACUUUCUUCCUCAGGCUGCCCUGUGGUGUGGAUUACUCCUAGGGGAUUUGGGUCGUCAUGGAACAGGCCCAGUUUACGACAGCCUGAGCAAAAAGUAUAGGAAAGCUGCCAGUAAAUCGACACAGAAUUACACCCAGGAUAACAAUACCCAAGGUAUUAUGGAAAAGAGCCAAUGGGAUCUCAAACAAAUCCGGUUCCAGAGGAAGAAAAUGGCAAGGCUUGAUGACUUUGUAGACGCAUUCAAAGUCACUCUCAAGGCCCUCUUGAGGGAGUAUGCCGACUCCAAAAGGAGAAAGAAGAAGGUUGUCACACUCUGGCUCUGA